UCAGGGCAGCAGCAGUAGACACAGACGAGCAACAAGUACACACACACACACACACACACAGCUCUUUCGGGAUUAAACAUAUACAGACUGCAUUUAAAUCAUGGCAGCGCUGUCAGGUGGAGAGCAAUGCAUCAAAUACAUGUUAUUCGCCUUCAAUUUCGUGUUUUGGCUUGCAGGUACAGGAGUUUUGGCUGUUGGAAUCUGGCUGCGUUUUGAUGAAAGAACAAAAGGACUUUUCACUGGAGAAGGCUCCCCGUCUGUGUUCUACACUGGGGUUUACAUCCUUAUUGUGGCAGGUGCCGUCAUGAUGGUGGUCGGGUUCCUCGGCUGCUGUGGAGCAAUAAGAGAGUCAUCAUGCAUGUUGGGACUGUUCUUCAUUUUCCUGCUGAUCAUUUUUGCAGCAGAGGUGGCUGCUGGAAUCUGGGGAUUGUCCAAUCAGGACAAGAUUGUGUCAGAUGUCCAACAGUUCUACACGGAAACAUUCAACAACUACAAAGCCACUAAGCAGGAUGCAUUGAAAGAAACCCUGGUAUUGAUUCAGUUUGGAUUACAGUGCUGUGGGCCAACAGGAACGGUAAUUGAUGGAGCUCCUGAAACCUGUCCGAAAAAGGAAGGACUUGAGAUCCUUGUCACUACGAGCUGCCCAGCUGUUAUUAAGGAAGUCUUCACUUCGAGGCUUCACAUCAUCGGAGGAGUUGGGAUUGGUAUUGGGGUGAUCAUGAUCUUCGGGAUGAUCUUCAGCAUGCUACUGUGCUGUGCUAUCCGACGAACCCGGGACAUUGUAUGAGCUGUCCUUGGCACAACAGCCUGUUUUCUGCUAUGUAUUUAUCUUUUUGUGAAAUGUAUGUGUGAGUCACUCCCCCUUUUAUCUUCUAACAAAGCCCAGCAUUAAACAACCAAACUAAAUCUGUUACAGACCGGGCAUAUACUGGGCAGAAGGAUUAAUUGCUGUUGAGUACCUACAUAUUAAUGGCCUUGUUUAGUCCAUUUUAAUUUUUUGGGUGUUGAUUUAAUAUUCACAUUUGCCUGUUUGAAUGUGUGUGCAAGCUUCUGAUUGUUUUGGUAACAUUUUAUGAAAUGGCCUAUUUUAUUGUUUAUUUUCUCAAUGUUCCAACAUUGGUGUAUGGAGCAAGAGAGAGGGAGAGAGAGAGAGUAACAAUAUGAAAUUACAAAUAAAGUAGUUGAUAACCAC